CUGACGCGACCGCUGCCUAAAUUUCAACAUUUGAAAAACACAGAAAUAAAACGCAGCUGCUGCACGUAAAACUGAGCUAAAACCUCAAUAUAAUUAGAAAAUCCUCGGGAACUGUGAGUGGCGUAGCCUCCUAAAUUCGACCAGAUGUCCAGCUGCGGGUCCAGGCAACGAAAAACGGCGAAAUCCUCGCGUAUUCCUCCACAGGCCAGGGAAUACAUUUCGGAAAUGGCCGAGGAUCGGGAACUGGAGCGAUUCAUGGCCUUGUCAUCGACUGCCAGCAGCGGAGCGAGUGGCAGCAUCCACACCUGUGCCGUGCGUGUGAGCUUAGCAACGGAGACUGCUGCAAUCUCCCGACCUGGAGCCCGCCGCCCCAGGAGCAAGGACUGCCAAACGGUGGCUAAACAGGCAGAUGGAGCAGCUGAAGAGGCUCUCUUGCAGCUGCCAGCAUCUCCCACGGACCAACAACAGCCGGCAAAGCCAGCAAAAAGCCAAGAGAGUUCACCCGCAGCAGAUAGCUAUCGCAUCAUUCCGAUUGUAAUGGUCGACGAUCAGAGCAAGUCUCGUCCAGCUGCUGCCACCCAAACCAUGUCCCUUUCCGUGGAGGACCUGCGCACACCCACCAAACAGCCCACGGAGAUGCACACGAAGAAGACACAGACGCCGGAAUCGGCACUCAAGUCGCACAAGCGUCUGGAAUGGGAUCCGGCCGCCGACGUUGGUUACUACAAGCGUGCAGUGUCCACGAGUAAUAUCAGCACGCUGGAGCGCUCCGUGCUGGAGGAGUGCGGUUGGCGCCAACCGAUGCGGUCCGAGACAGACUUGGACAGAUUGCAGCGUCGGGAGAGCGAUGAAAAGGCAGGCACUCCCAUAGAGGAGAAGACAACUGUACCGCUGGCAUCCAGUACUAUGGUAGGGCGCCAGGUGGCAUCGGCAGGCGUCUCCCGAAAGGCGGAUUCGUACAGUAGCUCCCGGGGCGAGGUAUCUAAUGGUAGCUCCAGAGGAGAGCCAUUUAACAGCAGCUCCAAGGGAGAGAUUCUCCCAAGCAGCUCUAAAGAAGGAGAAGUUCUUCCAAGCAGCUCCAGGCGGAAGGCUCCGCCCGGCAGCUACAAGAGCGUGGCUUCCAAGAACAGCUUCAAUCGAAAGGACUCCCAUAGCAGCUCUAGGAAGGAAACAACAUCCCUGGGCAGCUCCUCCAAAAAGGAGACUCCCUGCAGCAACUCCAGCAAGAAGGAACUAAGGACUAGUUCCAGUCUAGAAGCUCUGCAGGCGCAGGUCAGCUCCCGAAGGGAAUCGCUAGUUAGCAAUCCCCAGGCAGCCUCAAGGCUCAGUUCCAGAGCAGAAAACUCGCAGAGCAGCUCCAGGCUAGGCUCUGAAAUGAGUUCUAGGCGCGAGUCGCAGGGCACCUCGCUAUAUGGCAGUUCGGCGGCCAGUAGCUUCGAUUACCACAUCAACAUGGAGCAGGAACAGGAGUGGCUCAAGUCAUUGCAGAAGCAGCAGCAGGAGGAGCAGCAAAAGGAGCCGCACAAGGAGGCUAAAGGUGGUGAAAAGGAUCAAAGGCAGGCGGAGCCCAAGAACAGAGAUCAGAAGAAAGCGGAACAGCGGGAGAAGCAGCGCCAGCAGGAGCGCCAAUUUACAGCCGCUCAAUUCGAACGAAUCCUAGGUAGUCGGCGGCUUGAAAACAAGGAGAACCAUCGUCCAGAAUCCACCUCCACGUCCGUGUCCUCACAGCACGCUGCCGCUGGUCAUAAGAGAGAUCUCGACCUGGGCAUUGAUCUGCUCUGCUCACUGGUGGAGGCGCGCAGCCUCAGUCAGGGGCAGAAGAAGUCACUGGUGCGGGACAUAGCCAGGCGGAUUGCCUGCCUCGACCUGGCGGAGUCCAGCAGCACGGCAAGCAGUCGCAGGGAGCGGGCUACAAAGCCUGUUACCGUGACUGCUUCUCUCCAGCGUCAGGAUGUGGCCACGAAUACAUCGCUGGCGGGAUCACUAAGCUCCUCCUCGCCCCAAGUGGUGACCCUGCCCGUUCCAGCUCCGCGAAAACGCAACGUCGAUGGUACACCUUCACCGCUGCACAGCAGCUCCAUGUCAGCCUCCACCAGUGCCUCCAACGAGGUCAUAACCCAGAAAACAAACAUACCCACACGUGAUGCCGCCUCCACGGAUGCGGAUGUGGAUGUGGAUGCAGAUGCGGCCAUACGGGAUGCCCUGACUCCGAUGACGCAGAGCGAAAUCGAGUACGAGGAGCGCAUGAAAGCGGGCAUGGACCCCGAGCGGAGGAGUCAGCUCAACUGGAUCGAGGCGGAGAUUGAGCGCUUGCAGUCGCUGAAGGUGUUUUUGGAGGAAGUCGAGGAAAAUCAGCCCAAGGCAGCGGACGAGGAAUUAAUUGAGGCAGAGCCACAGGAACCGGAGGAAAAGGAGCAGGAGCAGGAGCGGGAGCCCAAGGAAGGAAGUGGGUGCAAGGCCAGGCAACUGGCUAAGGCUGUGCAAACGGAGGAGUUACAGGAAGAUGCCACUCCCAAGCCCCCAGUGCGUCUUGAAUCGGUGCGCGUGCCACCGAGGAUAGCCGGUGACGUGCAGGCACCUCAGCCGCCGCCUCAUCGCUAUCCCCGCACCAAAAUGGCCACGCCUGUCCUGGCCUCACACAGCUCCUCCAGCGGACGCAGCGAAAGCGUUAGCUCCUUUGUCCAGCAAAGACACCGACGCUUCCGCGAGCAUUAUCAGAACCAGCAGCAGCAGCAGUUGCUUCUACUCAAGCAGCAGCAAAUGCAAAGCCUGCAGCAGCAGUACAAGCAGCAGCAGCAGCAGCAGCAGCAACUGUGCCAGCUUAAGCACCAACCUCGAGUGGUGAUUGUCCACGAGGAGCAGCACAUCGUUUGCGAGUCCCACCGGCCGCAACGCCAACAGCAGGAAUACAUUCAGAUGAUGCAGUACGACCAGACGGUGGCUUCAGGCAGUGCCUAUGCCACACCCCACUCGAGUGCCAGCGGUGCAGACAACGAGCGCGAGAGAGCCAUCUACUACCAAGUGGUGAACUCACCGGGAGCCAGCGGCAGCUACGUCCAAGCAGAACCAGUGGCGGCCACCACCUCGUCGGGCUCCUCGAUGAUGUGCCUCAGCUCAGAGAUGUCCAUACCCAUGGGCAGGGUUAAUACCUGCGAGACGACCACGACGACCACCACCACGCAUCAGUAUGACGAUGUGGCCUGUCAGCGGAGGAAGCGACGUGGCGGUGGUGAGGAGCGAAUGCAGCGCCAGACUCUCCAAGUGCGUCCCAGCGGCAUUGCCUAUGUCAUUCAGUUCAGCGCCUCGGACAGCGGUGGUGAAGUGAUGCCGGAAACGCGCUCCCUGCAGGACCAACUGCAGCUGGCCCGUCCCGAGUUCUGUGCCAAGUCCAAGCAACGCAAGGCCAUCCUGAAUCAAAUGCAAAUGAUGCGAAAUUUGCGCAGGCGGGAAAUGGACGAACUGGUGGCGGAGAAUAACUUUAGUCUAGAGACGCUGGACAGGCGGCUGCGAAUGCAGCUGCCGCCGCCGGCCACUUCGCGUCUGCGAGUCUUUACCACCAAGGAAAUGAAGGCCAUGACCAGCAGGAAGUGCCAAAGAUUGCCAGAAGUAUUGGAUGCUGCAAAUCGCGAGCUGGAGAUGCGUAGGCGUCGCAACAACCGCCUGAUGCGGGAUAUAUUUAACAAGCGCAUGCGAAAUCGUGUGUCCAAUGGACAAGUCUCGCUGAAUCACAGCAGGACAAUCAUCUAGGCAGGAUGCCAUUACAGCACAAGGACACUCCCAGUACAAAGAUUUAAGAAAUUUCGAAUUUAGAAAUUAAGUUCCUGUUUUUUUUUACACUAAAUGUUACCUGGAAAUUGAAAUGAUCUGGCGGCAAUGGCUUAAAGUUCAAACUGAAAGGUUUUAAGGGAACCAUAGGAUAGCUUAUAAAUCUAUAUUAAUUUAUGUUUUUUUUCUUUUUUAACAGGACUAAGUUAACAUAAAGAAAUAUGUUUUCAAGUCUUACAAAAAUAAAUUUAAAAAAUUAAAUUAAGUAACGUUUUUAUUGAAAUAAGUUUGAACUGUAACGAGUGGAGAUCAUUAUCUUUUAAAUGUUAAAUUGUUUAUUGAUAUUCAAGUCUAUUCUUGUUUAAAAAUAACAUCAAUUUAUAUCAAGAGCUUACAGAACUGGCAUUUAAUUAGUGUUUUUAUAAUGUUUGUUAUACAAAAAAUUCAGCAAAUGAACAACAACUUAGGGGGCUUAUUAUUAAAAACAAAAAAUAA